GCGCAGUGACUUCUCAGUCAGGAACUGAUAGGAGGAACCAAAAUUAACAUUUCUCAACCAUUCCAGAGAAUCAAACAAUUUCAUUCUAAACCGAUUCUCACUCCACAAACCUUAAUGACUGGAGAAGUUUCAAAAGAGAAUACACAUAACAUAUUUGACUGAUGUCACGUCAGAUCGAGAACUUCAUGCACUUCAUCUCCUAUCACACUGACCACGGUCUCCUGCUGUAUCUAAAACAAAAGUUAGUUAACGUCCUCUUGCUAUAUCUUCAAGGUGAUAUUCAGAUUCUGAGGGACCCGAUGAGUCAGCCAAACAAUUUUAUCCCAUGACAUGUAGCUUAAAAAGUAUAAUAGGAUAUCCUGCUCAGCCAAUCGGAACAGCUAUCACACAGUAGUCCAUAGGAGAGCACUUCACUGACAUUGACUCAGACGGAAAUACAGCUGGAGAGGGUAAAUCGAAGCAGAGAUCAACAAGUGCCCUGAUAGCUGGAGAGAAGUCAUCGACAAAGUAGAAGAAAAUGAGUGAACUGGACCAGUUGCGCCAGGAGGCGGAGCAGCUCAAAAACCAGAUCAGAGAUGCUAGGAAAGCAUGUGCAGAUGCCACACUAUCACAGAUCACAGCGAAUAUCGACCCCGUCGGACGAAUCCAGAUGCGUACAAGACGAACACUGCGGGGUCAUCUGGCUAAAAUCUAUGCCAUGCACUGGGGGACAGAUUCCAGGCUCUUGGUCAGUGCCUCUCAAGAUGGAAAACUAAUUAUUUGGGACAGCUAUACCACAAAUAAGGUUCAUGCCAUUCCACUUCGAUCUUCCUGGGUCAUGACUUGUGCGUAUGCACCUUCUGGAAACUAUGUGGCCUGUGGUGGUCUAGACAACAUCUGCUCCAUUUACAACCUGAAAACACGCGAAGGGAAUGUACGUGUGAGCCGUGAGCUCGCUGGACAUACAGGAUACCUUUCCUGUUGUCGCUUUCUUGACGACAACCAGAUUGUUACAAGCUCUGGAGACACUACUUGUGCACUUUGGGACAUUGAGACCGGCCAGCAGACAACCACAUUUGCCGGUCACACAGGUGAUGUCAUGAGCCUGUCGUUGGCCCCAGAUUCGCGGUUGUUUGUCUCUGGUGCAUGCGAUGCCUCUGCUAAACUCUGGGAUGUCCGAGAGGGCAUGUGCAGACAGACAUUUACCGGCCAUGAGUCUGAUAUCAACGCCAUUUGUUUCUUUCCAAAUGGCAAUGCUUUUGCCACUGGCUCAGAUGAUGCCACCUGCAGGCUGUUUGAUCUGCGUGCUGAUCAGGAAUUAAUGAUCUACUCUCAUGACAAUAUCAUCUGUGGCAUCACCUCUGUUGCUUUCUCCAAGAGCGGUCGCCUACUUCUGGCCGGAUAUGAUGAUUUCAACUGUAAUGUGUGGGACACACUAAAAGCUGACCGCGCUGGUGUGUUGGCAGGACAUGACAACCGUGUCAGCUGCCUGGGAGUUACUGAUGAUGGCAUGGCAGUUGCGACGGGAUCCUGGGACAGUUUUCUGAAGAUCUGGAAUUGAAGCCUGAAGAUGUUCUUUUAACUCCAAAGUCGACUGGAAGACCAUUACAACUUCAGAAUGUUCACAACAUCUUCUUUCAACACUGUUUAAACUGACUUGGACACCACCAAACGAAGGGAAACCAAUGCCUUUCCUACACAAAGAAGAGCACAAUUGUUCAUCACCUAAUUAAGGAUCUCCUGUGGUAUCAAAUCAGAAACUUGUGCAUUCCUUCUUGGACCAUUUUAUGUUACUUUGAAAGAAAAAAAACAGGCAAAAAAAAAAAAAAAACACUAUCACCCCAUGCAAAUGUGUGCGUCUUGAAAGCAAAUGUUGGAGUGUAAUUGUACAAAUUAUUUAACUUUUUUUUCUUUUUUUUUUUUUAAGAAUUCUAUUCUGAUUGUUAUUCUCAGUGGCUUUCAUUUUGUCCCACUUCUUCAGUGGUUUUAGAUCUAUUUGAAUUCCAGUCUUUCUAAUCCAAUUAAAUCAUACUAUAUGACAGAAGAGCGAAAACACGCAGAAGUAAACGCACGGAUCAUAUUACAUGAGCAGCUUUCAAUAUGUCCACGAUGUAUUUAUAUACUAGCUGUUUUUGUUUCAUCACAGCCUUUUGCACAUGAAGAAGCUUUGUCUCUCAACUAAUACUAUGUUAACUAACCAAGCACAUGCUAUAAGUUAUGAAUGCUCAUUCCAGUACAAAAGGAGUAACCAGUUAACCCCCCUUAAUUCUUGUACAUGCCUUUGACUUGGGGUGGGACGGGAGGGGUAGCAAGAUAGGUGCUGAGACAAGUGGGGCAUGGCUAGAUUUUAUUAUAUGGACAGGGCUGGGGGGUUGUGUUUAGUAUCCACUUUGAGUGAACACCUCACUUGACUAAAUAGACACUUCCUUUGCUUGGGACUGCAACUCUGUGAAUGAAAUGUACAAAUCACUGUCUGAAAAUAAUGGUCUGAUGUUUUAAGUUAAGACAUUUAAUUUGUCUGCCAUUAAUUAAUUUAGAUGUGCAUGCUGUAGACUUGCUUUCAAUGGUGCAACACUUUUACAUUGUUUUUUUUUUCCCCCAUCAAGUUUCUUAAAAAAAAGGAGAGUGAUGUAAUGAUUGAAUUAACGGAGGACUAUUAGUUUGCGCAAACUCUGCACACUAAUACUGGUAAUGCUAUGCACCAGAGUGAGCAAGAAGGAAGAAAGGUAUAACAUCAACAUGCAUACUUUCUUGUAAAUUAUGCUUACUGGGUAUAUUACAGCCAAUUUUUAUUUUUCAGAUUAUCAUAACGAUCAUUGUAAAGACUAUCCUUGACAUGUUUUUUUUUUCUUCUCCCCCCUCUCCUUUUUUUUAUCUCCACACUCAAUGGAACAAAACGCAGAAAUAUUCUCCAUCAGGAAAGAAAACUUUUGUACUUUUUUUUUUCUUGGUCUUAAAUUGAAAAUCAGAACAUUUGAAUGACAACAUUUCACUGUAUACAGAAGCACUUUUGUUAACAUUGUGACAUAUUUUCACUUUUUUUCCUGCAAUGAUGUACAAUAAAUGUGAUGUAUUCGUGUGUGGCCACAAGUGAAAAUGCAAUUCAACUGAGAUGGAUUCCCUUUUCUCUCUCUCUCUCUAUCUCUAGCUCUCUUUCUCUCUCGAUCUCCAUUAAUAUUAUAGAGCUCUGCACCCUUAUGUACGUUUUCACUUUUUGUAUUUCAUUUCAGUCUAUUGGUGUUCCACGGUGAGCUGGAUGCAAGAUAGAUACUGUACUAAAUUGUACUGUUAUUGAUUGAAAAAUGUAAUAAAACGCUGUUUGA